AUGGCGAAAGGAACACCCAGUCCCACCGAGUUCAUGCUCAUCCUCUUUGCCUUGCUCCGGCGAUUUACUAUGUGUCUAAGGCGACUUUUGUUCCCAGUGAACAGUCUCAACCCCUCAAGCGAACAAAAGGCGCAAGUCUCGCUUGCAGAGAUCAAUGGCGGAUAUCUCCCGAGGAUGAACUCAGUAUUUCGGCAUUUGGAGCAAGGGCUGAGCAGGAAUCCAAACGGCUGGGCGGUGAUUUGCUUGCACCAGAACGCACACCAUCUGUCUGACAUUCUAGAACCUCCAAAAUGCAAGAAAUGCCUCACAAAUGGUAAUUCGGAGGACACCUCCGUGCCUGGCCCAAAAGGCUGCUUGGCCGUCACGUAUGAGCAGCUCGACAGAACAGCGCAAAAGCUGGCAGCCGGCCUGGUUUUAGCACAUGCUCGGCCAGGAGCAUCUACCUUGUUGAUGCUCAUCCCGAACGGGGUCGAGUAUGCGCUUCUGACGUGGUGCUGUGUUCUGCUGAGAAUAACCUAUGUCUGCGUCGACCCAGACAUCGUCAGCGUGUCCGGCUACCGCGGACUGAAAGACAUCAUGAGAAGCGUCAGGCCGUCCAUCGUGGUGACUGUGGGAGUCACGCAAGCAGCAGCGCUGGAUAUCGCGAUUGAAGACCUGAAUCUCGCACCACCCAUCCGGGUGUCAUUAGAUGACGACCUUCCCAAAGGCUGGCGAUCGCCUAGGGACCUGAUCAUCGGUGGCAGCUCGCCCGGAGCAGCAAUUGACACAUCCAAACUUCGUGAAGCAGCGGCACACGAUGAUCCCAACCGUAUCAACUCCAUCAUCUUCACUUCGGGGACGUCAGGUACGCCUAAAGGAUGUCCCCUGCGUGUAGCCAGCAUGUGUCAGAUUCUAGAAUCUCAGUCCUGGCUCGUCAACGAAUCAAACUCGGCUCGAGCACUACAAGCGGCGCACAAUUCGAGAGGCAUUGCAGCCUUUCAGACAUUGCAGACGUGGAAAGCCGGUGGCGCGGUGAUGAUGAUCGCAAAGAGCUGCGACAUCCAAGAGAUGACGCAGGCGCUGAGGCACCGCGCACCGACAUUCAUCGCAGUGUCUCCAUCCAUGGCGUUGGCGAUUCGAGCAGAGAUGACAAGGGAUCCUUUCACUGCAGACUCGGUCAAGACCGUCCAGGUUGGAGGAGAAGCCGUCACCAUCGGCGCCAUGGAAGAAUGUUCGGCCUUGUUCCCAUCCGCAAAGGUCUGUGUCAACCACGGCAUGACCGAAGGGGGCGGCUCCUUUUACUGGUCCUUCUUCGAUACUCCACUGGACCAGAUCCCCCGCUUCGGAGAGCUGUGUCCCAUUGGCGCCGUGGCUCCUGGAUCGGCCGUGCGCAUCUGGAGCACAUCAACAAGGCGCGUCGUGCAGAGAGGUGAGGUCGGCGAACUACACAUCCGUGGCGGCAGUCUGCUGCGUCAAUACAUGGGUGGCCGCUCGCCGGGCUCGUUCCACGACGAUGACUGUGGUCACUGGUUAGUCACAGGCGACACUGCCAUGAUCGAUCAGGACGGCUUGGUAUCCAUUCUCGGCCGGUCCAAGGACAUGAUCGUCAGUUGCGCCGCGAUCAUCGUCCCUGUGGCCAUUGAGACGGUCAUUCAGAAAUAUCUAGGUGGUGCACAGGCGGCCAUACUUUCCGUCCGACAUCCUACACGAGGACAAAUGCCCGUGGCAAUCGUGAAGGAGUACGCUCGUCGUACGGGGCCUGAGAUCAUGAUGCAUGUGACGACAGUCCUCGGCCAGACAUACCUCUUAGCUGGAGUCGUGUCUCUCAAGCAGCUUGGAUUGACGGAUUUCCCAAGAAACGGCAGUGGAAAGGUGGCCAAGCCGGAGUUGGAAGCGGCUCUGCAGAAGAGGUUCGGAUCGAGUGUUCCAAAGAUUGAUUGA